CUAGUUCGACUGUCUGUUUAUCUUUCUGUAUUAUAGGCUCGAAUUCACUACGCAGAAUACACCCAUCCACUUGGUGAAAUUAGACACAACCGAAAUCGUAAUCGCUAACCCAAACGUGAGCGCCGAAUACAACGUCAUAGGCUCCUCAACACGUUCUGAUUACAUCACUCUACUUGACAACGUCACUUAUGAGAUCAUGGGACUGGUUUUCAAGCUCGAAAGACUGCCGAAAUUCUACGUUCAGAACGUGACAUUACCGAUAACUUUCCUCAGCUGGUUAUCGAUAUUCAUUUUUAUCAUUCCCGCCAAAAGUGGAGAGCGCCUCUCGGCAGCCGUCUCUCUAGUUCUUGGUCUGACGGUGUUCCAGAUCGUCAUUACAGACAACCUGCCCAAGAGCUCUAGAGGUAAAACGGCCCCGGUCAUAUCAUACGUUAGUGAGUGCUUUAUUAUCACCAUAGUCGUGGCUAUCAUGUCGGCUAUCGUUAUCAACAUCAGUCAUCGAAAAGGCAACAUCCAGAACAAGUUCUUCAGGAGCCUCUUCUUCGAGUACGUUGGACCCUGGUUCCUUGUUGGUGGUGUUGGAUGUGGCAAGAAGAAGGCCCCGGGUUCGAAUCCCAAUGAAAGCUGCAAAGUUGGAGAUCUGGAGAUGAAGGAUAGAAAUGCAGAAAAAGCACUGUCUACUGAGAGCCUUGGCGAUUUACGAGUUGCAUGGGUGAAAACGCUAACCUCAAAUUGGACCCGAAUUGGUCAGCAACCACAAUCUGAGAUGCCUGAUAUGGAGCAAGAUUUUGAGGUGCUUGCUCAAAUUCUUGACCGGAUCUUCUUUCUCGGUAUUCUGGUCACACUCCUUGUCAUCACUCUCAAAUUUAUGAUGCUAUGUGGCGAGUCCUUAGCAAGCUCCUGA